AUGUUUCUUUGCAUUGAACGCGUACACUACUGUCUGGCGGUGCCGCAGCUUUGUAUCCUCUCAGCACGACAUGAUCUCCAGGAACAUGGCGCGAGACACUACUCAACGAAGUACAGUCAGACAGCCAGCAUGACUGCCGCUGUACCACGUAACCACAUCGGCCACACACACACACACCCUCGGAUGAAUCAUCUUCGCCGCCGAACCGGGUUACUCUUCGACAUCCGCACCAAGCCUUGGCACUGGACUGUGUCUCGGCGCUGGAGCUCUACGCAGACAGCAAAGGCAUACAAAGCGAUCUCUACCGCAGUAAUCGCGCCGCAUUUCGCAGACCGACUGCCCUCUAAGAGCAGAAGAACAUUUGGUCGUUCUCAAAUCGCCCACCGAGCACGACUACACAGCGCAUUGGCACAUCGGACCUGGAUGUUUCAAAGAAAAUUCGCAACGAAUCAGAAAUUUCAUCAACUCUUUGGGCCGCUACCUAGUGUCUUUCACUCCGAUGCAUCAAGAGCGCGUUGGCACAUCGGAGUGGAAGCACUGAAAUUCUCCAAUCCUGGAUUUCUAUGGUUCGCAGCGAAUCAGAAAUUUCAUCUCAACUAA